UCGUGCUACGUCAUUGCCAAGGUGACGCAUGUCAAUUCGUCCGCUAGGCUCGAAAACGACCGCGUCACAGCUGUGUCCGCACACACCAAAGAGACCUAGGGGUGAGUGGGUGGAAUGGCGGUUAGAUGGGAGGUAGGAUGGAUGGGCCGGGUAGAACAGGAGAGUUCACUAAUUAGCAUGCACGAUCGUGCUUGAAAGCUUUUAAUCGGUUACAAGUGGAUGAACACAUGAGAGGGGAGACCUGUAUGCUGAAAGAGAAAUGGUGCCUCUUCUUACCAUGCAUGACAAAAGUGCGCAUGCGUGUGACUGAACGAGAGGCGCAGAGAGGCAGAGAAAGAGAGGUGUCGUGUCUACAAUACCUGGGGUCGUAUUUAUCGUUUGUACAUAAGCUAUAUGCUUAUUGAUGAAUGAUAAAAUUAAGUACAAUUUUUAAAACAUGUUAUUUUUCCCCAGGGAAUGCUACAGAUUCGUUUGUGGCAGGGUUAGAUGCUGGCCAGCCUUCAGUCUCAGCAUGAACGUCCAUGGUCUCAGAGAGCGACGGUGGUUUCUAGCUCUGCCAGACCCAGAUGAUGAAGAUGAUACUGAUGAUAAUGGUGCAGAUGAAAACCAUGGUGCAGAUGAAAACCUUGUAGAGAGAAGAUACAAUAUGCAAGCACAGAAGAGAGCAAGAGUUGCUGCUAGGAAAGUUGCCCGUAAUAGGCUGAUUGCAUUUCUUGCACACCAGUAAAAAAAAAAACACAGUCUGUGUGACACAGAAUAUAGCACAUACUAUCAAGGCACAAACAAGAAAAACCGUUAAGAACUUUAUUGCUUAUGACAUCUUUUAUUUCUAGACGAGAUAAAAAAACAAAAAACAAAUAUACACCACGUAAACAAUAGAUUUAGAGAUGCACAUUCUAAGAUCAAGGACAUAAUUCCAAAAAAAAAAAUUUAACUGCAUACACAUCCACUCUAAUAUAUAAAAUAUAGUCGCCAUCAUCAGACGGUCUAUUCCUGCAUCACCAUCAUCAGCACCAGCAACAUCUGCUAGCAACUGUAAGAUUCUACUUAAACUUCUAAUUAUUACAUUCAGAGAAUUAGAAAUGCUUAUUUGUUUUAUUUUUGCAUGUGAGAUAUAUAUAUAUAUGUAAUCACCUUGUACUUACAGUUAUUUUAAAUAUCAGCAUUAAGAUAAUCUUAAUUUUUUUUUUUAGUACAAAUGCUUCCAAGUUAUUUUGAGAAAACUUUCAAAAAGAUACAAGAAUUCCAGAACGGUAUAGAGAUCCUGCAGCAGAAGGUGGACCAGCAAAGCAAUGUGGCAUCAGCCAUACAACUCCAGAUACCUUCCUCUCUCCACUGCAGGAAGUUGAUCAGCUUAAACAAUGCUUUGGCAGAGGAGAAUACCAGACAAAGAAUGGUUUUGUAUCUGAGCUAUUUUGGUGGCCACACACCGAAAAGAGGCACUGUACCGUCUGCUGAAGCAUCUGCUUGCUCCAAAACUAUACAGCUUGGAAGGGAGGAAGGAGAAACGAAGAUUUAACACCUUGCAACAUUUAAAAGCCACAGUUUAUGAAGGAUGAUCCACGAACUCCAGAUUUCAGCACAAUACGGAAGUUGACGUCACACCUUCCCAACAUUCCAUACAGUGUUAAAGAAGAGGAACCAACAAACUCAGUUGAUUUUCAGACAGAUUUGCGUCGAAUCCUUAUUUCGCUUAUAGAAGCUUCACAGAGAAUUCUUUGUCUCAACCCAUCAGCUGCCAAAAUAUUCAAGCAGGCUGAAGAUAUGCUAAGUGAACUUUUGCAGCAACCCAAAUUUGAUUAUGCUGCACUCAAACAGUUGACUGACAUGGGUUUCCCAGAGGCUCGUGCCAAGAAAGCACUGGUAAUUAACAAAAUGGCGGUGAUGGCAGCAAUGGAAUGGUUAUUUCAGAAUGAAAAUGAACCUGAUGUUGACUUGCCUCUUCCAGAGUUAGAGGAACCAAUCACUUCAUCAAGUCAAGACAGGGUAUGUGAUUUUGGUAACAGUAUAAUGAGUGUAUAAUUUUCCAUAUUUUCUACAACAGAUGAAGAAAAAUAGAGAAAUAUUCAGUUUUUAAUUGCUAUUUUUUUUAGGGAAUUUGGGGAGAAAGAUAGUUCAUGUCAUUUCUAAAAUCAUCUUGCAUCUGUCAUCAAAGUCAUCACCGCCUCAGGAGCCAAGAUGAUGUCUAGUGACUGUAGUUCUUUGCAUUUGUCCUUUUUCUUGUUUUCUUCUAAUGGAAUUCUGUUCGUGCAAAGUGCAAUGCUGUGAUUGGCAGUCUGCUUAUCAGAAACUGCAGACCUUUUUGCUGCUGAGGCAGUCUCUGGAAUAGAAAGUUAACUGUAUGCAGUACAGGCUAAGUGCAGUGGUUUAACUGAGGUUUUACUAGUGCUGCCUGUGCCCAGAAUGUGACAGCAUAGAUUGCAGAUUCAGUUAGGGGGAACUCUUUUCACAAUAGACACAGUACAGCAAAUCUCAGAUUUUUGGGGGGUGUUUUUCGUGGAGCUUUUGCUAAUGAAGGAUUGCUUGGUUGGUUGGUUAUUUUUCUUUCUGUUUUAGAGCAUGCAUUUUUUAAUAAACUUUUGACAUCAUCAUCAUCAUUAUUAUUAUAGAAGAGUCAGAUCUUGAUGAAUCUUGUUGGUUCGAAGCAUUUUGUUUCUGUGCACUUUUAAUUUUAGGUGAAACAUGCUAGUUUAUGUUGUAUAUGUGUCUGGUGUGUGUGAGAGAGGGAGAAAGGACACUGGGUGGGUGAGUGGAAAUGACAAGGCAGGAAAUCAAAUUUAAGCUUCAAGGCUUCAUCCGAAUUUUCGAUACAUCAAAAGAAAACAAUUUACUGACUUUUAAAAGAAGUUUCAAGACCACCAGUGUGAUCUUGUUCUGUGUUUCUGUCAUAUGAGAAUAUUUUUGUUUAG